CGCACCCACACUCCUCCUCCCUCAGCUCCUCACCGCCGCCACCUCCUCCCAGAUCCCCCUGUCCCCGACCCAGACCUCCCUCUCUCUGCCAUCCCAACCCCGCCGCCGGCCUACCCCAACCCCGCCGCCGCCGACCUCCUCAUCACCCCCAGCACCGGCCAUCCUUCCUUCCACCACCCCUCCUGUCCGAGUCGCCCCCUCGCGAACAAAUCUCGCGAGCCAAUUCCCCUCCCCUUCCCAUACCCCCACGCGCGUGAUCCAGGCGGAGAUGGACGCCGCCGCCACCGUCGCCCCCCAUCCCCAUCGUUGAUGGCCACCACCUCCUCUCCUCGAGGCCCAGUUCGAGCAGCAAGGCAGAUUGGUAACCUUGGCCACACUGAUCUGGCGGACACAGCCUCGAUCCGGAGGGAGGGAUUUGGCAGCCAUGGUGAUGGGGGUCGCCUCCCUCCCCCCUCCCCUCGUCAGAGCUCAAAUCGCGGGGCCAUUUGGGCCCGAGAUCAGCCCCCCUUCCAUCGGCUCAAUAAACCCGCAGAAAGGAAGUCCCGGAAUCUGCCGGAGCUCGCAAUUCCCCAACACAGCACAGCUCGAAGCGGAGGAAGCAAGGAUGCCAAAGGCCGCGGGGGAUGCCAAGCUCCUGGUCCAGUCCCUCACCAAGGCCUACGCCUCCACGCCCACGAAUCUCAAGGUAAAAUUUGACACUUUGACGAGGGAUACAGAAGCUAGCACUGAUUUGGGAUGGAGAAGUGUUGGUCUAGUGUAGCAUAAUGGUCUUGUAGGAAGAUAAAUUAUGCUGUUCGGAACCAUACCUGGUGAUCUCCUAGAGCUAUCUACUGAUUCAAUCGAGGGCAGAUAUCUUGUCUGUUUGUUUUACCACAUUUCCGACUAUUGGUUUGUUGAGUAGGAGUACGCUAUCGGGUUGCAAAAAUCCGAUGCGCCUAGUAGUGCAUAAGAAGGUCCGAUACGAGUUAUCCAGCCAGAUUCUUAGGUUUGAGCACUUGUUUUUACUGGCUGACCGUUAGCCAGAUUCUCUAGCCAGCAGGUUCUCUCUGAGCACUUCAUUUUUUCUGGCUGAGGAUUAGCCUUGUGUUCAACUCAAAAGUCAAAAAUGGCCCGACAGUUGCUUCUUCUGCAUAUGCUUGCAACCACAGGCGCAAAAAGGACCAUAUACAUACCUGUCUCUCUAAAAAGAGUAACAAGCAUACUAAUGCUUUAAAGGCCAAAAAGAAAUCAGUUAGCAUGUAUGUAUCAGUAUAUACAGCUUUUGUACACUUGUCGUUUGCAUAUUUAGUUCUGUUUGAUUUAGUUCUGUUCUAUACUAUUGAUAACUAUCCUGUCAAUACAUGCUUGUUCUAUAACUUGUUGUCUCGAUUGUUCAAAUGAUAAUUACAUUGUGUUCGAUUGAUGUCCUGCUAGCUGCUACUACUAAUUUUUACUGCCAUGAUGUUGAUACUUCUUAGAAUAUGUUCAGUGCCUUAAUUCUAGUAGUAUUUGUUAUCGAAAACAUGAUUGUAUUGUGAGCCAUCAAGCUCUUGGAGUCUUCUUAGAGCUUGCUGGUAUUUACCUUUUUCCACCAAUAUAAUAUUUGCUACUAUUUACUCCUCAUGGUUGCUACUGUUAUCCAUGCCCUCAUGCUUCAGGAUCGACUCCUAGCUGCUUGUGUAUCUAUUUAUUAUUCUGUUAAUUAUUCUUUUCCUAGCUGUUCUCUGUUGGAAGGUAUUGCUUUCAUUUUGAAUUGGCAGCCAUGAUAA